UCUCUCUCUCUCUCUCUCUGAAUCAAUGCGGGGUAUAGUGAGAAGAAACCUAAACCUAGUGAAUCUAUGCUUCACAAACUUCAAAAGUUCUACUCCUAUUGCCUCAUCAACUCUUUACCAAUAUGAAGAAGAAGAGGAGAAAACAAAUAAUUUUCCAAAAACAUUAAAUUCAUCGGACAUAGAGCCGCCACUGGCAGCCAUUGAUCACUCCGACCUUGCCACUGUUUUCUCCUCGGAGAGAUUCUUUUUCUCCUCUCCCGGCCGAACAAGCUCUAUAAUGGACUCUUCCUUUCCCUUCAUGUUACCGGCCACAUCUUCAGAUUCACCUGUACUGGACCCGACAGGAGGACUGGAUGGUACUGUCAUAGGAGGCGGCGUGGCCGUGUCCACUUUCUCGGAGCAUCCAUAUAUGGAUUUCCGGCGAUCCAUGGAAGAGAUGGUGGUGGCCGGAAACCUGUUUGAUGUCAGGUCUAAUUGGGAAUACUUGCACGAGCUCCUCCUCUAUUAUCUUGUUCUCAAUUCCAAACCCACCCACCAUUUUAUCGUCCAUGCUUUCUCCGAUUUGCUCGCCAAUCUCACUUAUACCGGAGAAUCUAGAUCAUAAAAUGGGUUUAAUUUGUUAUUAGUAAUGUUGGAAAAUCCGACGUAAUAGACCAA